ACUUCAGAACCGGCUGUAAACACAGCCAGCACGGCAUCUGAAAAUAGAGCAAAGAGGGCAGUGCAAGCUACUUCAGCUUCUCCCGGUUCUCAGGAUCGUUUUAAAUCUCUAUGAAGUGUAGUUUACGUAAUUUACGUUUCCACCUGAACGUGUCGACAAACGGUCAAGAGACAGCAUCAGCGAAUAUCUUCCAACAGAUCUAAGGAACGGUGGUCGGUGUGUGUGGUUUGACCACAGGACUACGAGCACCGAAUGAAAUGGAGUUUUCUACGUUUUCAGAGGACAAAAAGGACAUCAAAAGAAAACAAGAGGAGCUGUACAAGUAUUACGAGAGUUCGCAAGAUUGUUUAAACUCUACGGAUGAACAGGUUCGUGCCCUUUUGGAACAGGACAUCGCAGAUCUCAAGGACAAAAUCGUUUCCCACAAACGGAAUCUUAAGAAGGAAGAAUACAUCGUGUUCGUUACAGGUGAGAGAUGUUUGGAAAAAAGCAACCUACUGAAUCUGAUCAUCGACGAACAGCUUUUUCCUUGUUUCGUUGUCAGCACCUCGUCCACCGUCUUUGAACUAAAAUAUGGAACUGAACCCAAGCUUGUUGCGCACGAACAUUCUGACACAAAAGUUUCCACAGAAAUUCUCUUCCAGAGUGAGUCACUUGGAACUUUGCAGCGAGGUUGUCUGCAACAGCUCCUAUCCACUAUUUUCAAAGGUAUUGGUGGGGAGAAUUCGACUGAGGAUCCACGCUACGAAAAGAUCGAACUAUUUUUGCCUCACAAACUUCUGAAGGAAGGGAUUGUUAUAGUUGACAUCCCAGGGACUUAUGAAUCCCCCAUCAUAAAUGAAAAAGCAAAGGCGUACCUUUUGGAGGCCUCCGCAUUCAUCUGCUCCAUCAAUGGUGUAGAUGGCGAGGGAAUACAUCGAGACGAGGUAGAAAAAUACAUCGAACACGCCAAACAGGUCAGUGCAUUUCUGUACCAACAACUGAAAUCUUCGUCAAAUUGCCCUCUUUUGGUUUUCACCAAGCGGGAUCAAGUACUGCAACAAGAGGCUUAUAGGAUUAAGAGUUGCAUUAUAAACCAUCUCACAGAGCGUUGGCCCAGUGAGGACCCAGAGUCACAAAUCAUUUUCCUUUCACCAAGCAAUGAGAGCAACGCAUGGGAAGCUCCUGAUGAUGCUAAAUGCGAUUUACUGAUGAAUCGUAUUUCAUCCACGGUUUUAAAAAGCAUUGAAACAAACUUAGAGAAGCAAUGGAGGUGGCUUUACCACCUUCUUUCACGUAUGGCCUAUCGCACCAAAGUAAUUCGACGCGAUUGUUCAGAGGUGAUGAGGUUUGUGGCUGAAAAUCAGCAGGGCGCGGUAGAAAAAGAGCUGACCACGACAAUCAAAGCCUCGGCUGCCCGGGAAUUGUUCAAAUUCCUCAACUCCCCAGAACUUCAACAAUAUUUUACUUCGUGGUCAUUAGACAAUGUUCCAGACGUCGGGGGUGAUUGGAGUGUGACAGAGGAGAAUAUUAAAAAAGCAUUAGUGAAACGACUUCAGGAGAAGAUCGAAGAGUGGGAGAAACAAACCAAUGUUUUCUCAGAAUCUCGCACUUUACUGACACAGGACUUGUUCCGGAAUUUCGAACGUGUUGAGCGACAGAAUCAAAAUGUUCAGAGCCCCCCCAAAGCGGACAGUGUAGCCAGCUCAUCGUCAUCAUCAAGCGGUCCACAGACUUCAAGAAAUUUAAGCUUGACAGAAACAGUUAUUAUCGGAGUCACAAGUCCCAUCUGGGUUCCUGUCGGUUUCGUUGCUUUUUUGUUCAGUGCUCCGGUAAUUGGAACCAUAGCCGCCAAAGAAAGGUUUGGAAAUCGGAGUAAAACAAAAGAGUACAAGAAAGACAAGUGCAAGUUCAUGGCGGAGGCCUCUCAAGAAUAUCUCACAAAGAUGGCUGACGAACAACAAGUUAUGUCCCUCGUCGAGGAAGAGUUAAAAACUGAAAAACUCUUGAUACAGCAGAAACGUUUACUGCAAGAUGUUAGAGAUUUAUACAUAAAAAUUUCAGAUUUAAGAGGAAAGAUGGCCGACUUUGGCAUCAAAGAAGUAGGUACCAUGGACAUCAGUUGCGAGGACUUAGAAUGGAAAGACGACCGAGGAUCACCUCUCGGAAGUGGCUCUUUUGCUUCCGUUCAUCGAGGAACCUUAAAGCUUCCUGAGAAAGAGAAGCCCGUGGACGUAGCACUGAAAGUAUGGAAAAAGGCACUGACUAGUGGCAGUGCAAUAAACUUCCUUUCUGAAACAGACACCCUAAGGAAGCUGAAUCAUCCCUUCAUUGUGAAGAUGUAUGGCGCAACACUCCUGAAGGAGAAGGGUGAAUCGAGACCAAUCCUUGUCAUGGAACUCUGCAAGGAGAACUUGAUGAAGCACAUUUUCCGAAAUCAGGACAAUGUACCUGGUCUUUCUACAACAACUUCUGCUGCAAAAAACGUGAUCGGAUGGGCAAAAGACAUUGCCAAUGCUUUGGAAUUCAUACAUAAUAAGGGCAUUAUUCACAGAGAUCUCAAACUGGAAAACACAUUGUUAUCGUAUGAUGAUGUUGUCAAAGUAGCCGAUGUCGGCCUAUCUAAAGAAGAAGACAUGAUCACAGGUACUCAAAUGGGAACUCCAAACUACAUGGCUCCAGAGGUGGCGUCCUUCAGACGCUACGACCGCAAAGCGGAUAUAUAUAGCUUUGGUGUAAUGCUAUGGGAGAUGUGGUAUGGUAAGAGAGCCUUUCAUGGCAUUGCUCCCGAGGAUCUCCAGGAACAAGUGGCUCAAGGUGUAAGACCUGAGCAUGUUCAAGACAGUAGGGAGCCUCCAAAUGAGUGGCGAGAUCUGAUGCAGCGUUGCUGGAAUGGGGCACCAGAUCAACGACCAAUUUCUACAGCAUGUCACAAGGAGUUAACCAGACUAUACGAAGAGACCACCCUACCUCUCUAAUAUGCCGAUCGAACCGGAAUUUCUUUUUUGAUAGGAAAUGUGGUCUUUAAAAAACACCCUACCCCUAAAAACCUACCUACUAAAAAAUUGUAAAAAUGUAGUUUUACUCGGUCAUUUUUGAG